AUGGGUGCUUUUGAUGGUUCUGGGAAUCCCGGAAUGGGCGCCGGGACUGAUUUAGACGAUAUACUUGCUCAAAUGUUCGGAGGUAUGGGGGGGAUGGGGGGGAUGCCUGGCUACGGCGGAGGAGGACGCCCGCCUAAACCUAGGAAAAGUCCGAACGAAGAGACAAAGUACGAGGUCACACUGGAGGAUCUUUACAAGGGCAAGACCGUCAAAUUUGCCAGCACAAAAAACGUGAUAUGUGGACUGUGUAAGGGUAAAGGCGGGAAAGAGAAGGCUACGGCUAAAGAAUGCUCUACGUGUGGUGGGCAAGGAUACAAGGAAGUCUUGACUCGCCUUGGGCCGAUGUUAACAUCAUCUACUGCUCCUUGCACUGUGUGUGAUGGACAAGGAAGCUUUUUCAGUCCAAAAGACAAAUGCAAGAAGUGCAAAGGAAAGAAGGUCACAGAAGAGAAGAAAAUGCUUGAGAUAUACAUCCCUCGAGGAGCCAAGGAAGGAGAUUCUGUCACUCUUGAAGGCGAAGCCGACCAAGUACCUGACCAGGAACCAGGCGACAUCGUUUUCCACCUUGUUGAGACUGAUCAUCCAGUUUUUCGUCGAGCGGGUCCGGAUUUGACAGCUGAUCUUGAAAUCACCCUUGCCGAAGCACUAGCCGGCUUCUCCCGCGUGGUUCUCAAGCAUCUAGACGGACGAGGCAUCGAGCUCACACACCCCAAGAAGCCAGGCGAUGUGCUAUCACCGGGACAAGUCCUUAAAAUACCAGGCGAGGGCAUGCCAUUCAAAAAGAGCAAUGCGCGAGGGGACUUGUACCUGAUUGUGGAUGUGAAAUUCCCCAAUGGCAGUUGGGCACCCAGUCCUGCUGUAUUGGAAAAACUAAAAGAACUCUUGCCCAAAUCGAAUCAACCUCCUAUUGAAGCCGAAACUGUCGAUGAAGUAGACUACGAGUCUGACGCGGAUAUCGAACAGUUCGGACAAGGCGAUCCUCGCGGCGGUUCUGGAUGGGAAGAAGAUGAUGAAGACGGCGAGACGGCGCAGUGCGCGACUCAAUAG